UUAAUGUAAUUUGCACUAUAUAUAUAACUAACCCCAAAGAUGAUCUAUGCAAUUAAUUGUAUGAAGUGGGCCAGCGAAGGAGGCUGGGUUCACUUCUCUCAUGUCUUUAUUGUCUUCAUUGUCUCCUCCCUCCUGCACCUUUCCUGUACUUGACUUUGCUCAAUGCACCAAAAAAGUCACACUUGCCAACUUCUUCCUUGUGAGAGAAGAUAACUGCACACUCAAACAUCGCAGGAAGCUGAAGAUGGCUCUGAUGUUGGAUGAGAGCGGCGGAGAAGCUCUGACGGCGCUGCUGCUGUCUUGCGUCGCGCUCCUGCUCUCCGCCCAAGUCUGGUGUUGGCUCCAGCAGCGUCCGCUCCUGUGCGUACCAGGCCCGUUCGCCUGGCCCGUCGUCGGGAACGCGGUGCAGCUCGGGAGCGCGCCGCACUUGUACUUCAUGCGCAUGGUGGUGAAAUACGGCGACGUCUUCCAGAUCAAACUGGGCUCCAAAAACGUGGUGGUCCUGAACGGGAGCGCCAUCAAGCAGGCGCUCAUCAACCAAGGCCCGGAGUUUGCCGGGAGACCGGAUUUCGCCUCCUUCCGGUACAUCUCCAACGGCGACGGGAUGGCCUUCAACACCACGUCGGACUGGUGGAAGAUUCACCGCAGGGUGGCCCACUCCACCGUCAGGAUGUUCUCCACGGGGAACCAGCUGACCAAGACCACCUUCAAGCAGCACAUCCUGUGCGAGUUCAAGGAGCUUCUGCACCUUUUUCUGACCAAGUCCGAGGACAGGCGACACUUUGACCCCAUGACCUACCUGGUGGUGUCCACCGCCAACAUCAUGAGCGCCGUGUGCUUCGGGAAGAGGUACUCCUAUGAGGACGCCGAGUUCAGGCAGGUGGUGGGCAGGAACAGCCAGUUCACUGAGACCGUGGGAGCCGGGAGCAUCGUGGACGUCAUGCCCUGGCUGCAGUACUUCCCCAACCCCAUCAAGACCAUGUUUGACAACUUUAAGACCCUCAACAGGGAGUUCACCGACUUUAUCACGGAUAAAGUGAGAGAACACAGAAAGAGCAUCCAGUCCAGCACCACCAGGGACAUGACGGACGCUCUCAUCGUGGCCCUGGACAAACUGCACCAUAAAAGCGACUUCUUGCCGGAUAAAGACUUUGUCACGCCAACUGUUGCAGAUAUUUUUGGUGCGAGUCAAGAUACGUUGUCUACAUCCCUGCAAUGGAUCAUCCUCAUCCUUGUCAAGUACCCUGAGAUACAGCUGCGUCUCCAGGAAGAAGUGGACAAGGUGGUGGACCGCAGCCGUCUCCCGUCUACCGAGGACCAGUCUCGGCUGCCCUACGUCAUGGCCUUCAUCUACGAGGUUAUGCGCUUCACCAGCUUCGUGCCGCUCACCAUCCCCCACUCCACCACCGCGCACACCUCCAUCAACGGAUACAGCAUACCCAAGAACACGGUUGUGUUUGUGAACCAGUGGUCCUCCAAUCACGAUCCCAUGAUCUGGUCCAACCCAGAGCAGUUCGACCCACAGCGUUUCCUGCACCCCAAUGGCGACCUGAACAAGGACAUGUGCAACUUUGUGCUUAUCUUCUCCAUGGGAAAGCGGCGCUGCAUCGGCGAGGAGCUGUCCAAGUUCCAGCUCUUCCUCUUCAUAGCCCUGCUGGCCCACCAGUGCCACAUCAGCACAGACCCAACCAGACCGCCCGAUCUGAGCUACACCUACGGUCUGACUCUGAAACCCAAACCUUUCUUGAUAACGGUCUCGCUGAGGGAUGACAUGAAGCUGCUGGAAGAUAUAACCAGUCAGGUUUUCGCUGAUGACAUCAAGGUAGAUCCCUCAGACUCUUAAAAAACAAAACAUAAAAAAAGUAUGUAUGGGGGAAAAAUAAACUAAAUGUAGGAUUCAGCAAAACGUGUACUUGGUGUGUGGAAUAAAACGGGAUAUCGGGUCAGUCACAGACUCAUGACUCUGGACCUUGUAGCUCGGACUCACAGGAAGAGUCUUCAUCUCAGGGGAGGACAAGAUGGACGUGCAGACAAGCCUGUGUGCUCCUGUUGUUGUUCUUACUUUAUAGACAAUGUCCACUUUGCAGGAGUCCUUCUAAUGCAAGCUCCUGCCCAACAGUGGCAAGAAAGCACAUACUGCAAGUUCAGGGACUAUUUCUUAGCCUUCAUGACAGAUGUCAGUAGGUCUACUUUGUGCCAAUCAAUCAUGUCAAAGUUUAUCUGGAGUAAGUUCUACGUGAUGCCAAAAGUAAACUGAUUUGAAAGCUACAAAGAGCCGUUGUGUGGACGCAUGCAAUUUAUUUCUAAAACUUGUACAGUGGAAUCUUCUUAUUGUGAAUUAAAAGCUCUUGCUAAAGUCCACCUUGACAAACAAGGUUGAUGGCUUUUGUCGACGUACCAUCUUGAGUGCCAAAGUGGUCAUUUCUGUCCAUUUAUGCUUAACUUGAUGAUCACAAACUAGCAGCAACAUAACUGCUGUCUACUUAAGCUACACGACAUCAAAACAUGCACAGAGGGACUUCCUGUUCAAUGCAAAAUAAGCUUCAAAAUAAAAACCUGGGAGUAUUAACAUGGGUUCUACCACUGCGACUUUUUCUUUCCAGUUUGUUAGCCAUCAAAUGAAAGAUAUGCACAUGUUGUUGUCCUCGUAACAUACAACCAAAUUAGAGCAGCAGCUGUGUUAGAUAAGAAUACGAUAUAUCAUCUUAAUUUACAGUUAUGGAUACAAAACUAUUGUCUAAGAUAAGGAGGUAUUAUUCCAAGGAUGCUUACAUUUAGGUGACAACAAAUAAAACUACUACAAUUUCAUUAAAACAAUUAUAUAUUUUACAAAAGAACUGCAACUAACGACUAUUUUGAUGGUCGACGAUCUAGUCAUCGACUAUCUUAGCGAUUAGUCGACUAAUAAUAUUAUGAAGCUUACACGACACCAUUCAGUGGAUCAAAUUUAGCCACUGGCUUUUAAAUUCAGAUUGACAUAUUUUUAGGAAUGUGCUAAGCAACAAUAAAGAUGACUACUUUAUUCAGAAAUAUUAACAGUGCCCCCGGAAAGUAUUCACAGCGCUUCACUUUUUUCACAGUGUUAUGUUACAGCCCUAUUCCAAAAUGGAAUGAAUCAAUUUUUGUCCUCAAAAUUCUACAGACCCCACCUGAUGACAAUGUGAAACGUUUUUUAAUUUUGCACAUGUAUUAAAAGUUAAAAACAAACAAAAAUGCAUUCAUCUUAGUCUAGUCAGGGAGGUGACCAAGAACCAGAUGGUCACUCUGUCAGAGCUACAGUAUUACUCUGUGGAGAGAGGAGAACUUUCCAGAAGGACAACCAUCUCUGCAGCAAACCACUGAUCAGGCCUGUAAGGUAUAGUAGCCAGACGGAAGCGAUUUCUUAGUAAAAAGUUUACUAAAAUGCACAUGAAAGACUCUCAGACCAUUAGAAACAAAAUUCUCUUGUCUGAUGAGACACAGAUUGAAUGCCAGGCGUCAUGUUUGGAGGAAACCAGGCAACGCUCAUCACCAGGCCAAUACCAUCCCUACUGUGAAGCAUGGUGGUGGCAGCAUCAUGCUGUGGGGAUGUUUUUCAGUGGCAGGAGCUGGGAGACUAGUCAGGAUAGUGUCAUAACGUGGACUAUGGGGUGUUUGUUUUCCCGAGAUGCAAGAAUAGAAGUGGACAUGGCGUGAAGGUAAGGACAUCAUUUUAUUUUAACACUAACUACAAAAAGGGUACGAACAAAAAGCGCGCUCAAGGCGGAGAUAAACUUGGCUAAGGAACAAAAAGUACCACAAAGGCAAAACUAUGGACAAUAAACAAAAACUUACUUGGAACAUGAAAAUAGACAAAACUCACUUGGCAUGGAACUAUGGUAGCAGGGGUAACAUGGGUAGCAGAAGUCAAACGGAGUUAAUGUCGCCAGACAGACUGCCUGGCAACUGAAAGCUUAAAUAAUACCGACAUAAUUAGUGACAGGUGCGCGAGUGCAAAACGUGAGACAGGUGCGUGACAUGAGGACAGGUGAAAACUAAUGGGUUGUCAUGGAAACAAAACAAGGUGCACAAAGAGUCCAAAAACCAAACCGAACAUAACCAAAACAAAACAUGAUCACACAGUCAUGACAGAUAGAGGGAAAGAUGAAUGCAGUAAUAUACAGAGACAUCCUGGAUGAAAACCAACGCAACCUGAUGGAGCUUCAGAGGUGCUGCAAAGAGGAAUGGGCAAAACUGCCUAAAGAUAGGUGUGCCAAACUCGUGGCAUCGUAUUUAAAAAUACUUGAUACUGUAAUUGCUGCCAAAUAUGCAGCAACAAAGUAUUGAGAACAGGCGGUGAAUACUUAUGUACAUGUGACUUAUUAGUAUUUUUAGUUUAAGAGAGAAACCUUUUCACAUUGUCAUUACGGGGUAUUGUCUGUAGAAUUUUGAGGACAAAAAAUAAUUAUAUUUUGGAAAUAUGUGUAAAAGUGAAGUUUUGUGAAUACUUUCU